UCUCCUCAGUCGCGCUCUGACCGCGGAACAGUGAGUUUGUAAGUGAGGUUACGUUGGUCGUCGGAACUACGUGUUUUGUGCGAUGUUUAGCGCUUGAUGCAUCGGCGCGCGAUGAGGUUGUUUGUAUUUGUGGUGGUGUGUUGUUUGGGGGUGCAGGCCGAGAGCUAUCUGAAGAUGUUCUCGGGCCAACACAACAACGCUGACCCCUGCUACGACGAGGACCGUCCCCGCAAGUGUAUCCCCGACUUUGUGAACGCGGCGUUCGGAUCCCCGGUUGAGGCGUCCUCCGUUUGCGGUGCAGGGCCCAGACCCUCGCACUACUGCGACCUGCCCGAUGGCCCGUGCUCCAUUUGUGACGACUCGUCCCCCCGACACCGGUUCCCGCCCGCUCAUCUCACCGAUCUCAACAAUCCGAACAACGUGACUUGCUGGCGCUCGGAGCCGGUCGCCACCCCCGCUAGUCCGUCUGCGCCGCCCGAUAAUGUCACCCUGUCGCUGAGCUUGGGCAAGAAGUAUGAGUUGACCUAUGUGAGUUUGCAGUUUUGUCCGCGCGCCGCCAAGCCUGACUCGAUUGCCGUCUACAAGAGCAUGGACUAUGGCAAGACUUGGCAGCCCUUCCAGUUCUACAGCAGCCAGUGUCGCAAGGUUUACGGCCGCCCAAACCGCGCCACCAUCACCAAGGCCAACGAGCAAGAGGCUCUUUGCACCGACUCGCACCGGUUCGCCGCCGGAGAGCCCCCGUCCAUGUCCCGCGUGGCAUUCAGCACCCUGGAAGGCCGGCCCAGUGCCCCGGACUUCGACAACAGUCCCGUGCUCCAGGACUGGGUCACAGCCACCGACAUCCGCGUCGUCUUCAACCGGCUGCACUUUGACGAACCAAAAGAGUAUGUGAGGAACAACCCGGCUCCACAGCCGUCCUCCCCCCGUGAAAAAGAGAACACAACAGACGAGGAGGAGGAUCAGUUCGUGGCGAGCGUUCUGUCCGCCGAUGGACCCGACAACAGUUUGGAUAAUGCUCCCAGAAUGCAGACAACUACAACCCAGUCGCCUGUGACGGCGCCCGCUCCCAUCACCUACCACUACGCCGUGUCGGAUCUGUCCGUGGGAGGCCGGUGCAAGUGCAACGGACAUGCUUCCCGGUGCCUGCCGGCCGGGCCCGGUGCACAGUUGGUGUGUGACUGCAAGCACAACACUGCCGGACGCGAUUGUGAACGCUGCAAGCCGUUCCACUUUGACAGGCCCUGGGGACGAGCCACGGCACGGGAUGCUAACGAAUGCAAAGGUUAG